AUGUGCCCACAAUCCUGUGUGAGGGAUUAUUGUGAGGUCAUUCAGGAGUCUUCGGCUUUACAAAACAGGCAAAUCACAAUCGCAUUACAAAAUAGUGGUGAAUACGAAAACAGUGGUACGAUCGGAGUGGCCGGGUUUCAAAUUUUGGCUUUUUGGGCAAAGGGGUCGAUUCUGAAACAUAGGGCCCAGAUAGGCAAUGCUAGUCAGCACUAA